CUAUUUUUGCCGGGGUUGAUGUUACCAAAGAAGCCAUUCCCGUACUUCCGACUGUUCAUUAUAAUAUGGGAGGCAUACCCACACGUUACACCGGUGAGGUCUUGACUCAAGAUAAGAACGGAAAUGAUGAAGUUGUGCCCGGUCUAUACGCAGCCGGUGAAGCUGCAUGUGUAUCAGUCCACGGUGCAAAUCGACUUGGCGCUAAUUCCCUUCUAGACAUCGUUGUAUUUGGACGUGCAGCUGCACAUCAUAUCAGAGACACGUUAGAACCUGGUACCCCUCAUAGAGCUCUUGCACCAGAUACUGGAGCGAAAACCAUUGCAACUCUUGAUAAAUUGCGUAAUGCUAAUGGAACGCAACCUACCGCGGAAAUCCGUACAAACAUGCAAAAAGCCAUGCAAAAAGACGCUGCUGUAUUCCGUACACAGCAAUCUUUGGAUGAAGGAGUGAAAAACAUCACAAACAUAUUCAAGUCGUUCGACAAUGUAAAGGUCUCGGAUAGAUCCUUGAUAUGGAAUUCGGAUUUGAUUGAGACGUGGGAACUGCAAAAUCUUUUGACAAAUGCGGCUCAGACCUUGUACUCUGCUGCGGCUC